AAACAAAAAACCCCAACUUGUCACUUGUCACAAUGAAUCGCACCAGCAAAAAUUAAGGUUAUGAACGAUGGCAACCCCGAUAAAAGACGUAAUUUUGAAAGAAAACGCCCCAACUACGAUCCUCUUUGACAAACAUGUCGAGUUCCUGAGGGAGUACGGUAAAAAUGAAGACAAUUUCGAGUUCGGGAUGACGGACUACCUCCGAAUAUCCGGCAUGUAUUGGGGGCUGACAGCUCUGGAACUCCUCAACCAAACACAUUCCACGCCUCAGGACGAAAUCGUCACCUAUAUCAAGAACUGUCAAGACCCCGAAAGCGGCGGAAUUGGCGCUUGUCUCGGCCACGACCCCCAUUUACUCCACACACUUUCCGCAGUGCAAAUCCUCGCAAUGUACGACAAACUGGACGCCAUCGACGUCGAGGGGGUCAUACGAUACGUGGUGGCUUUGCAGCAGCCCGACGGGAGUUUCACUGGAGACAAAUGGGGCGAAGUGGACACGCGUUUCUCGCUGUGUGCUGUAGCCACGCUGUCUUUGUUGAAGCGGCUCGAUGCCAUCAACGCAGAGGGGGCCGUUAGGUUCGUGGAGUCGUGUAUGAAUUUUGACGGGGGGUUCGGGUCGCGGCCCUUGUCUGAGAGUCACGCGGGGUUAGUGUAUUGUUGUUUGGGGUUCCUGUCCAUCAUGAAUAGGCUAGAUAUUGUGAAAAGGGAUGUUCUAGCGUGGUGGUUGUGUGAAAGACAGUUGCCUUCAGGGGGCUUGAACGGGCGACCGGAGAAGCUACCCGAUGUUUGUUAUUCGUGGUGGGUUUUAUCGUCGCUGACUUUAUUGGGGAGGUUGCACUGGAUUAGUGCCGAACAACUCAAGAGGUUUAUUCUGGCUUGUCAGGAUACGGAAACAGGGGGGUUUGCGGACAGGCCCGGGGAUGUUCCAGAUCCGUAUCACAGCUUAUUUGCGCUUGCCGCGUUGUCGUUGCUGGGGCAACAUGAAAUCAAAACUAUUAAUCCGACUUAUUGCAUGCCACAACACGUUAUUGAUAGAAUGCAGCUGUCACCACAAAUAUUACGUGAUUAGCGUCGAAAGUCGCAAUUUUCCAGAUAAUGUAAUUUAAAUGUUUUGUUAGUCCACGGUUCACAUAUUUUUUACGUGAUGUAAUUUUAUAAUGGUACCUAAUAAAGUUUAUUCAUUGUGAAA